AUGGCGUCCCGCAUCAUCUCCCGCCGCAUGUUCUCCACCUCCAUCCGUCGCUUCCAGGAUGCUGAGAAGCAGAAGCUCAAGACGGAGAGCAAGCGCAACCCCGAGACCAUAAUCCUCGGUGGUGUCAUGGUUGCUGCCCUCGGCGGCGCCGGCUUCUACUUUGGCUCUUCUCCCACCUCCUCCACCUCCGAGGAGCACGUCAACAUCGCCAAGGACGGUAUGCCCUGGGAGGGCGACGGCACCGGCAAGUACCAGUACCACCCCGGUGGCGACUCGACCCAGAAUCCCCGCGAUGCUCCCAGCGCCCUCAACUCGGUCGUCGUCCCCAACGUCACCCUCCCCCGUGAGGCUCACGAUAAGUUUAACAAGUGGGGCAAGGAGGGAUUUCCUUGA